AUGUCCGACGCGGAACUCGGUCCUGCUGUGACGAGCGCGGUAACAGCGCUCAUUGCAGCCUACAAGAACGCCGGGUCUAUUGUCGAUAAUAUCAAAGAGCAGCGGAAGGCCAGGGGCGCUUUGCCUCCAAGCGAUGAGCUCGAAGAAGCACUCCAAGAAGGGCACUGGGAGAUCGAGAAGAUUCAGGCACAAGGUGUACAACGUUUUGGUGCGGCGUAUGAACAAGGCGAUGAUAUCGCUUAUCGAGCUUUACGAGACUUGACUAUUGAAGUCCAGUCUGCGUUUCUGACACUGGCUGGCAAAGAUGACGGCACCAUGAGCUUCGAGCCUUGCAUCGAAUCCGCGAUAGGAGCCAGAUUGCGCGCGGUCAACAUCCUAAAUGAUCUUUAUCUGCGCCAGCAGAAACGUGCCAGGUCCAAGUCCAAUACCCUUUCCGAUGUCUCGACAUCCCCGCGCGCCUCGCAGGUGAAGCCUACCCCAGACAUACCGCAAUCGUGCUUAGACGAGAUGAAGGAAGUGGCCGAAGUGUCCACAGCCAGACCGUCGAUCAAGCGUAGUGCAACGCUCGAAUCCAAAAGCAGUGGCAAGCCCGAAUCUGAAAAGUCUUCUGGCUCGUCGCGACUAUCGCGCAAGUCGUCUUGGGGCGUCUUUAAGAUCUUGCAGCGAACCUCUUCAGCGGACCACAUCAUGGAGACCGUCACUCCGAUCUCUCCACAAACAGCUGGGCCUGUCCCCCGUGUUGCCUCACCUUUUCUCUCCCCACACUCGAUGCCUAUCUCGCCUUCCGCUGGGCCAAUGUAUGGUGCUCCGUCGCCACAAAUAAUGACUCCGCCAAUUAGUCCAAUCUCGACUGUUUCGUCCACCGACGUCCUAGCAGCGGCUGGGUUCUGCAAGGGUGCGUAUUAUGUCCAACAAGGCACGCUAGGGAAAGGCCUCCAGCUGUCCGCGAAGAACAUGGAGUGGACAUGCCACUGUCGGAAAUGCCCAUUCGCUAUACCCGCCGCCAAUGAAGGGGGUCGGCCACGUUUUGACGACGAAGCGCAUUCCACGGCCAAGCUCCGGUGGCGCUCACUGCUCCUAUUCAAGUCGCACCUCGCCUGCAGCCAAAAGAAGAAACGCCUAUACAGGUGUCUGAUGUGCGUCAUGUUACGGGUGAAUCCAUGCACGUAUGACGGUGAACAGAGCCUCUUCGAGCAUAUGUUCCUCCAUCAAGGCGGAGUCCUUAAUGGCGUUGAGGUCUGGGGCCCGCUUUGCUUCGAACAGAGCGGAAUAAGGAUUGGAAGCGAAAUGACAUUUGACAUCUGCUUCCCGGAAAAUCCCAGGUUUGCACUUCCUGAGAGCGCAUUCGAAAUGGGUGUUACGACAGAGAUCGUGGAAGCUGAUGGAAGAGAAAUCUACCUAUAG